UGCCAGUGGUGGCGUUGACGACCAGCUGGUUUUCUCUCUCCUUGCUGCUGCAGCAGCCGUUUGGCUAAAUAUACGGCCAGACAACAAUACAGAACGAACGAGGAUUUCUAACGUAUUUCGGCUGCUCGCGGUGCAUGGCUUGAGGCCCCGGAGUUGAUGCUUUGGCAGCUUGACCCCAUCCGCUGUCCACGAUGAUCGCCGCCAUCGGAUCAAGGAUUGCCAUACUGCUGUUCGGCACCCUCUACCCUGCCUACGCCAGCUACAAGGCGGUCCGCAACAAGGACGUCAAAGCAUACGUGACAUGGAUGAUGUACUGGAUUGUUUUCGCUCUCUUCACGUGCGUCGAAACGCUCAGCGAUGUCUUCCUCAGCUUCUGGGUGCCGUUUUACUACGAGAUGAAGGUCAUCCUGGUGCUUUGGCUCCUUUCCCCUGCGACCAAAGGUUCCAGCUUCUUGUACAGAAAAUUUGUCCAUCCGGCACUCACGGAGCGUGAGAAGGAGAUCGACGAGUACCUAGCCAAAAUGAAGGAAAGGAGCUACAGCACAAUGGUGGAGCUGGGAUCAAAAGGCAUCAACUAUGCACUUCAGACUGCUAUUAAGAGUGCUCUUCUGGUGUACAAGGGUGGCGGCGGCUUGGUCAGCCAAUUGAAGAAGUCCUAUAGUCUUGGUGACCUCAAUGAAGAGCAGGUCGACGCACCCAGGAGGAGAGCAAUCAGAAACGAGAUUGAAUUGACUGAUGACGAAGAAGAUGUCCAAGACGAGAGAAGGGUUGCUCACCGAGGCUACGCCCCCCGCAGAACUCAGUCUGGCUCGAGCCGAGUCGAUAUGUAUUUCUCAGCUGUUGAUGUAAACGUGCGCCAAAGAGGAUCUCAUACUGGUGACGCCACUAACAAUAACCUAGCUGCUAGCAAAGCUGCAUCCACCUUAAGCAGUGCUGAUGUUGAUGUCGAGGAAAUGGACAUUGAUGGUUUGACCAGAACCAGCUCAGUUAAUUCGAGACCAAGAACGCGCAGAAGCAUAUCCAGCACAGGAGCCAAGUCUCAGAGUGGCCGCCCAAAGAGCACGGUUUUGGCAUCGUCGGUUACUGAUGUGUUGGAAGCAGAGUUAGAAUUGUCAUCGUUUAAUUCCCUCCUAGACCCUUUUUCGGAUAUUUACAAUCAGUCAGAGAUGCCUGCUCGAAAAAGCACUGUAAUUAUUGAGGAGUUAGAGAGUGAGGAGGAUUUUAUUGCUCUGAACGAAGAAUUGGAAACGGUCCAUUCCAAGAGUGACGUUGAGGAAUCAGACGCUGCGGCAGACGAAGACUUCUUUGAAGCCUCCUCCAAUGAAGAGUUGGGCAAAGAGCCUGAUAGUGUUGAGCAAGUUGCAGAAGAACCAGCUCCCGUACCUCCAGAAGUAUUAAGUAAAGAGGAGGAUCCUGUACCUGUGACAGUAGAAGAUCCAGCUCCCGUACCUCAGGAAGUAUCAAGCCAAGAGGAGGAUCCUGUACUUGUGGCAGAAGAUCCAGCAGUAAUCGAAACAGUUGAAACUCCUGUUGGCAUGGGAGAAAUUCCUGAAAUCAUUGAAAACAUUGAAAUGGAAAAGAGUGAUGAAGCAGUUCCGCUCGUGAAAGAACUUGAAACGGAAGAAGUGAAGAAAGAGGACUCGCCAGAUGUAGUGAUGAAAGUGGAAGUGUCUGUAUCUGAAGACCACAAUCUGGGCCACACCUCGUUGAUCAGAAUGUCGCUGGAGUCUCUGCCGACCACCUUGCAAGCUGCCGAAGAAAUGGACAGAGCAAUGCAAUCCUGCAGUCCGUGUGCGUCAGUGAGUUCAUUGAUUUCGCCAGACAAUGAGCAAGAGAGUCGGUGCAGCACUCCAAGUUCUACAAAAACGUCUGGGGCCAGAGCGGGAAGGUACAACAAAAGACCUGCACCCCCGAGACCAACGGAAGUGGCGCCAGACGACGAUGGCCCUUUGAAAGCCAGAUUGGUUCUAAAACCGGGCGUUGUGAGGCACUUGCCGGAAGCAGACAACGCAUCAAAGUCGGAAGAGACCGUUUUCCUCAAUACUGACUCGAAAGAGAAGAAACGCGAGAGCAAAUCUUCGCUGCUCAGUUUCUGGCACACUAAGCCGGAAAAAAGCUCUAAUUCGAGCAGCAAGAAAAUGACUGAUUUGUAAAUAAUCCUAAAUAGGGUGGGCCUCAAGUUGAAAAAGGCGCUGAUAUACAACUAUGUGAAUGUUAUUCACGCUACUCACGCCACAUUACCACGCAGCCGUAGUAAGAGUAGCAAAAAGAAGGCUGUGUAAAGUAUAUCAGCGCCGGAUAUUUUACUUCACGCCUCAUUCCUCGUUUGGUUUUUCCUUCUGAUGAUGCUUAUCCAGCUGGAUAAUUUUCCUCAUGUGAAUGAGAGAGAUGACUACGAUGCCAAGUAACAAGAAACCCUCGUUGAUGAACAAUCUCUUUAGUUUUAAGUGGAAUUUUAAUCUGUCCCCCAGGAUUGUUGGCCUGUUUUUAACAUAUGUUCCAUUUUAAUUUUAAUUCAAGACUCUCCCUAAGCAAGAGUUAAUGAAACGCAGCAUUUUCCAUGAUCAAAACAUUGACGUCUUAUAUUGUGCUCAAAUUUUAAAAACUACCAAGUUACCCAACGGACAAGUUUGCAUUUGAGCAGGUUGUAUGCUAGCGAAACCGACGAAACUCAAAUUAAAAUAUUGCCACCAUUAAGCAUGAUUUGUACUGUGUGAUAUUUUCAAGGAAAUGUAUUCGGCUUAGACGAUAAAACUGAUGUAGCUUGAACCCCAUUGUUUCCUCACUCAUGUAAGACUCUCAUCAUCACCGUGCUUUAAAAUACAAUGUAAUGUAUAGUAUAAUUAUAAAUAAUAGUGCAGGUAACACUCACGCCAGCUUGCGUUGAAUGGUGCUUGAUUUUUGUAUGCGGCAGAUGUGCCUUUCCAGUUUUUCAAAAAUGAUUUCCCGCUCCAACCUCCCAACCGUAUUAUAUUUGCCAUGGAAAGAGCUUGCGACUGCAGAUCUAGAAGUCUGAUGAUAGAGGAGCUUUUGACGGUGAGAAGCUCUUGCCCAUAAUAUAUUUCAAGUGCAGUUUAACAGAUCGGUCCGAUUAGACUAGAGUUCGCUUUGUUUGAUUGCAAAAUGUAGAGCAUGGCAAAUGACUGAAUGCAAAGAGUGCGGCAAAUUUUACUUUCUUGAGAAAAGAAUGAAAGCGUGUUGAUCAUACUCAUCAUUCGCAGCCAACCUGCUGGUGUUUGAUUUGUUGUCACCAUUAAAACUAAAAUAAAUCCUACAAAAUCUACAAAGUUAUAA